AUGCUGGAGUGGUAUCAGAAGGGAGCACGGCAUGGCAACACUGAGUGUGAGAGCAUUGUAGGGACCCUCUACUUUCACGGUGUCGGCGGCGUGGAGAAAAACUUCGACACGGCGUUGCGAUACUUCGAGAAGGCAGCCGCGAAGGGUCACGCCGCGGCACAAAGCGGUGUUGGCAGCUGUCACUUCGAGAAGGGACGAUACGAGGAGGCGUUCAAGUGGUACACUAAAUCGGCCGCUCAAGGCUACGUUGACGCGGAACAUAACCUUGGGGUCCUCUACGAAGACGGUCGCGGCGUGAUGAAAGACAUCUCCAAGGCCAUAGAGUGGUACACGAAAGCCGCAGAGAAGGGCGACGCUUUCGCGGCAAAACGCCUCCGAAGACUCAUCGAGCUCGGUUCGAGCAUCGGCCUCACCCAAUCGGCGGCUUAA